CAAAAUUAAAUAGUAUCAAGCAUGGCAGGAAGAAGCCUAGAGGAAACGCCCACUUGGGCUGUGGCCGUUGUUUGCUUCGUUUUGCUCUCCAUAUCUAUCUUCAUCGACCACAUCUUCCAUCUCAUUGCAAAGUGGUUGCAAAAGAAGCACAAAAAAGCUCUAUUUGAGUCACUCGAAAAAAUCAAAUCAGAGCUUAUGUUAUUGGGGUUCAUAUCGUUGCUACUAACAGUAGGACAAGGUGUAAUAUCGAGGAUUUGUAUAACAGAAAAGGUUGCCGACACAUUUCACCCCUGCCCAAAGGAUCAUCAUCAAACCAGUAGUCGCCGGAGAUUACUUUCCGAUAACCAAAAUCACCGUCGUAUUUUGGCGGCCGGAGGAACCGACAAGUGUCCCCACGGUAAAGUCCCGUUUGUCUCAUCGGAGGGUAUUCACCAACUACAUAUAUUUAUCUUCGUGCUCGCUGUUUUUCAUGUCCUUUACUGCAUACUCACUCUGGCUUUAGGUAAAGCAAAGAUGAGAAGGUGGAAACGAUGGGAAGAGGAAACCAAGACAGCAGAGUACCAAUUUUCACACGAUCCUGAACGGUUCAGAUUUGCAAGAGAGACAUCGUUUGGGAGAAGACACUUGAAAUUUUGGACCCAAAAUCCUGUCCUUGUUUGGAUUGUUUGUUUCUUCAGACAGUUUGUACGAUCAGUUCCUAAAGUAGAUUAUUUGACCUUAAGGCACGGAUUUAUGAUGGCACAUUUGGGGUCUCAAAGUCACCAGAAAUUCGACUUUCGGCAAUAUAUCAAAAGAUCUUUGGAAGAGGAUUUUAAAGUGGUUGUUGAAAUCAGUCCUCCAAUAUGGUUCAUCGCAGUGCUUUUUCUCCUGCUUAAUACUCAUGGUUGGUACUCUUAUAUAUGGCUACCAUUUGCUCCUUUGAUUAUCAUUCUUUUAGUUGGAACCAAAUUACAAGUGAUCAUAACAAAGAUGGGUCAAAGAAUUGAACAAAGAGGAGAGGUCAUAAAGGGCAUGCCACUAGUGCAACCAGGGGAUGAUCUAUUUUGGUUUAAAAAACCUCGACUUAUUCUCUACCUCAUUAAUUUUGUGCUCUUUCAGAAUGCUUUUCAGCUUGCCUACUUUUCAUGGACCGCGCUUCAAUUUGGCGUGAAAUCUUGUUUCCACUCCCAUACAGAGGAUUUGCUGAUCAGAAUCUCAAUGGGGCUCUUUGUUCAAUUCCUUUGCAGCUACGUGACUCUUCCUCUCUAUGCUCUCGUGACACAGAUGGGAUCGAGUAUGAAGGCAACCAUAUUCAGUGAAAGAGUGGCGGAGGCUAUAAGGAAGUGGCACCACACGGCGAAGAAGCAGAUAAAAAAUAACCAUGGGCUGGCCUCACAGUCACAGACCCCUUUCUCAAGCAGGCCCACAAGCCCGGCCCAUCCCCUUCGCCACUACCGCAGUGAAAUAGACACCUUCCUCUCAUCUCCAAUAAGAUCCGAGUCUUUGGCCCAUCAGCCCAACGACAUUGAUUCACUCUCAUACUUUAACUCACAUCAUCACAGGUCCAAGGUUAAUGCUGCUUCUAUCUCAAUUGAAAUGGGUCACCUGGCCCAUGAUCCACCACAAAAUGUGAAAGAACCCAGCUCUGCCCUUGAGGGCUCAGACCCGACUCAACACGAGAGGGAAUUUUCAUUUGAUAAAAGAUUACAAAUUUAAUUUUAUAAAAUGUGAAAAUUACAUGAUUGUAGUAACAUAGGAAGCAAAAGUGUUAUGUAUAGAUAGUAGUAGGAUAACGAUGUAAUUUGAAUAUGUCAAGAAAGGAAUAAAGUAUGGUGGAAUUUUGUUCACUUAGAUACGAGAAAAAGUUAUGACUUUGACGUAAACAGAAGACCGAACUUUGUGACACAUUCUUUAGGCAAGUAAAUAUGAGUCUUGAAAGUCGUAACAGAAAUUAG